AUGCGGGCUGUCGCACUUUGGGUGGACAAAGUACACGACCGCGAAAACAACGAGCAAUGUAUUUACGACCUGGUCUUCAAGCCAGACGGCAGCCAGCUCAUAGUCGCAGCCGGCACGCGAGUCCUGGUGUAUGACACGUCGGACGGCGCACUCGUUCAGCCACUGAAAGGCCACAAGGAUGCCGUGUACUGCGUCUCCUACGCCAGAGACGGCAAACGUUUCGCAUCGGGAGGUGCCGACAAGCAGGUCAUCAUCUGGACGGCGAGCUUGGAGGGCAUUCUCAAGUAUUCACACCAUGAUUCCAUUCAGUGCCUCACUUAUAACCCACUCACCCACACUCUUGUCAGCUGUUCUUGCUCAGACUUUGGGCUGUGGUCUUCGGAACAAAAGUCUGUCUCCAAGCACCGCACCAGCGGGAGAGUUACCAGCGCGGGCUGGAACCCCGACGGUCAGUUCUUGGCACUCGGACUCGCUACUGGCACCGUCAGCAUUCGUGGCAGAUCUGGUGAAGAAGUCGUACGCAUUGACAGACCCGGUGGACCGAAGGCGGCCGUGUGGGGAGUCUGCUGGAACCCUGUGAAGGAAGAAGGCGUCGGAGACGUCCUUGCCGUAGCCGACUGGGCACAGACUCUCAGCUUCUACAAUGUGGCGGGUCAGCAGACCGGCCGCGAGCGAGCAUUGGGCUUCGACCCAACAUUCAUCAGCUACUUCCCCGGCGGCGAGUACCUUGUGGUUGGCGGCUCGUGCCGCGAGGCACGCGUCUACACUCGAGACGGCAUCUGCGUCGGGCCGGUCUCCCAGCAAGCCUCGUGGGUGUGGUGCUGUCAGGCACGCCCAGAUGCCAGCCACUUGGCCCUGGGCUGUCAGGAUGGCACGAUUGCCUAUUUUGAGCUGGGCUUCUCCACAGUGCACAGCUUGUACCGCGAACGGUACGCAUACAGAGACAACAUGACGGACGUCAUCAUCCAGCACCUCGUGACCGAUGAGAAAGUGCGAAUCAAGUGCCGUGACCUGGUCAAGAAACUGGCGAUCUACAAACACCGCCUUGCUGUCCAGCUGCCCGAACGAAUCAUGGUGUAUGAGCUGAGUAGUGAGUCGUCUGAGCCUAACGACAUGCACUACAGGCUGCGAGACAAGAUUGUCCGCAAGGUGGAGUGCACUCUGCUGGUUGUCUGCUCCGAACACCUCGUUCUUUGCCAGGAACGGCGGCUGCAGUGCCUGCGCCUUCGUGGCGGUGCUUGCGAACGGGAGUGGGUCCUGUCGUCGGCGAUCCGCUACAUCCGGGCCCUCGGUGGUCCUGUUGGCCGCGAGGGCCUCCUGGUUGGCCUGCGGGACGGGCAGGUGCUGCAGCUGCUGUUGGACAACCCUUUCCCACUUUUUCUCAUCAAGGUGACCAGUCCCGUGCGUUGCCUUGACCUCAGUGCGGAUCGCACACGCCUGGCAGUUGUGGACGAGAAAGGCACCUGCCUUGUCUACCAGCUGGACUCCAGGCAGCUGCUCUUUCAGGAACCCAAUGCCAACAGUGUGGCAUGGAACACCGAGAACGCCGAACUUCUCUGCUUCACGGGUGGUGGUGCGCUGGCGGUCAAGGCCGGAGAGUUCCCCGUGCUGAGGCAAAAACUGGAGGGCUUUGUGGUUGGCUUUGGAGGCUGCAAGCUCUUUUGCCUCCAGCACAACAGUGUCAGCACAGUGGAGGUUCCCUUGUCACCAUGCCUGUAUCAGUACAUUGAGAAAAACCGCUUCAGGGAGGCCCUCACCAUUGCCUGCUUGGGCGUGCCCGAGGAAGACUGGCGGUACCUGGCCAAGGAGGCAUUGGAGGCCCUCGACCUCGUUGUGGCCAAGAGGGCUGCCGUGCGGCUGGGGGACCCCGCCCUGCUUCGCUUGGUGCGCUCACUCCAGGACCAAGAGGCCCGUGGCGAGAAACGGGAGUCCCUGCUCGGGGACGUGAUGGCCCAGCAGGGCCGGUUUUCCGAGGCUGCCCGGCUGUACAAGAAGGCUGGCCGCAACUCCAAGGCUGUGGACAUGUACACGGAUCUGCGCAUGUUUGAAGUUGCUCAAAUCCUCUCCCGCUUGACCGCGAAUACAUCCCUGGAGCUCCGUUCGGGACGCCGCUUACACCCCCUGCGUUCGGUGAUGUCGCAAGACGAGCAGCCCAGCUCGGCAGCAACCCCAAUGCUUGCCCCUGCGGCCACCCCUUCUUGGAUGGUCACCAGCCCUCAGAAGGACCCACCGAUGUUCGCUGGGCUUCGCGGCGAGGACGUUGAAGACUGGCUGGAGGAGUAUGACCGCAUUUUUGCCAACCCAUCUGUGCGUUCAGAUAUCGCGAAGAAGAGGCUUGCUGGGCGUGUUCAACACACGGGCGAGUCCUACACAUCUUACAUCGAAGACGUGCUCGCCCUCUGCCGCCGCGUCGACACCUUCAUGGCGGAGAAUGACCGUGCAUUUGCAGCUGUCGGGCAGAAUGCCGAGCUUCGUGCCAAGAUUUGCGGUGACUAUGCAAACUGGCUCGCGGAACACGAUCGUUUUGUUGACGCCCAGAAAGCUUUCUACGAAGCUGGCCGUCAGGACGAGGCACUGAAGGUGCUGGAACGCCUCACCCAGUAUGCCGUUGAUGAGUGCAGAUUUCGCGAUGCUGGCUACUUCUACUGGCUACUCUCUAGGCAGAUCCUAGAGUGUGCGAGCAAAGAGGGUGAUGCUGCAAGUAAAGAAGCACUGAUAAGCCGCUCGACCAAGCUUCAGGAUCUGGCCGAUGUCUACUACAUUUACCACAACAUUCACCGUUAUAUUGAGGAGCCUUUCACGGCGUACCUGCCUGAAGCCCUGUUCAACAUGUCUCGCUAUCUGUUCCAUCAGCUCAUGGAUCAGUCGAUACGUGGGGUUUCACUCGUUGGCGUGCUAUACGCACUGUCGAAGCAGAGCCGUAACCUUGGUGCUCACCGACUUGCCCGACACUGCUACGAGCAGCUACAGAACCUCCACGUGCCGCUCCGGUUCAGGGACACUUUGGACCUUGCUGCACUGACAGUUAGAUCAAAGCCCUUCAGCGACGCCCAAGACCUGUUGCCUCUGUGCUACCGCUGCUCCUCGACCAAUCCACUCAUCAACCAACGUGGCCGUUGCUGUGUCAACUGCAGCCAGCCGUUCGUCCAUUCCUUCAUUGCUUUCGAGGUGCUGCCCCUGGUGGAGUUCACACUGGCCGAGGGCAUCUCGGAUUCAGAAGCCUUCGAAAUCCUUGAAGGCAAGGCGAGGGUGACGAAAGAACCAAAGAAAGACAAGCCAGGGUCUCCGAGCCGACAAAUCAUCAAUGGGUUUGAAACACUUCAAAUAAAUCAUGGUGAUGCCGCAGAUGAAGACCCUUUCGCUUUCCAGCUCUCAAACUUGGAGGAACCAGGAGAGGGGGUCGGUGGUGUAUCGGUGAUUCUGGAUCGUGAAGCACUGGCCACACUGGGACCCCGCGAUGUCGUCGUCUGCCGGCAGCCUGAACCCCUGCGCUGUCGCUUCUACCGAAAUGUUGUGCCAGACGUCGUGGUGGUGUCAUGUCCAAGUUGUGCUAAGGUUUUCACUGGCGAUGACUUCGAGAUGCACACCCUCCAAACCAAUGCCUGUCCGUUCUGCAGGACAAAGCUUGAGGAUGCUGGUGCCUAGAGUUUGGCUAGAAGGAAUACCGUUGCUGUUGGUGGUUUAGGCAAGUACCAAUAGACUCGUGGUGAUGGAGCUGUCUCUAAGGCAGUUGCUGCUGAGUGUGAGGUCGUGCGUUCAAUACCCGGUCGUGUAUUUACGUUUACCUGUUGAGCGAGAGCCAGGGCACCAGGGGAAUCCAGCAAAAGUGGCCAAUGUGGCGCCCCCAAUGGCGAAGCAGCGGUUCAUUGCUCAUCAGUGGUUGGCCUAUGUUAGUUGUGCCCAUGUAACAUUAGGUUUUGGCACUUUUGCAAA